CCUUCCACCCUUCCAGACACCGUACACCGGCAUCAUCCAAAAAGGCGGGAAAACCCCCUUCGCGAACCUUCCAGAAGCGUCGAGAAGGGCGUCCCCUCGACCGCUUCCCCUGAACCGAUGGCUGCGCCGGCGUCGGCGGCGGGCAGCGAGACCCCGAAGCAGCUCCUCUCCAUCAUCCGCGACUUCGCCUCCGAGAAGUCCCAUGGCGAGCGCAGGGUGUCUGACCUCAGGCGCCGCCUCGCCGACGUGCGGGCCGCGGCCGACGCGGCCGCGGCGGAGCUCGACGCCGCCAAGCGCGCGCGAGAGGCGGCGGAGCUGGAGCUCCGCGGGAGCCAGGUUCAGGCCGCGAUCGCCGCCUCGACCAUCCAGGAGCUAGAGGCGACCAUCUCGCGUCUGCAGGAGGAGAUCUCGAAGGUGGGAUCUGAGCUGGACGAGCUGAAGAGCAAGGGAGACAGUGAGAGAGACGAGUUCAUCAGCAAGAUGCAUGAGAUGAACGCUGAGAUAAGGCAAUUUCAACAGAUGUUCUCUCUAGAAUUAGCGGAAUACAAUCAUUGUGGGCUGCAGUCUGCAGAAGGCCAGCAUGUUGGUGACAAGAGUGAAACUAUUGAAUCAGAUGGCAUUCUGAAAGAUUUGGCUGAUAAGGCGAGCAACAUUGAUGCUGAGAUGCAGCUCUUGGAAGGAGAGUAUAAAAAGGAUCUGCUUGAUCAUGAUAAGGUUCAUCAGGAGCUGGCUGAUGUCCAAGCAAAGAGAGCGCUUAUGGAGGCUGUGAUGGGAGAGAUGAAGCAGCUGCAGGAACUUGGAGGGCGGGCAGCUGAACUCGAAAAGGUGCACGCUUCACUUACAGACGAGCUGCAGCGGCGGUACACGUGCCCCGGCUGCGGAGUCAACAACAUGCCUAGGUUGGAGGAGGCUGCGAACUAGAGAAGGCGUUGCCGACCAGAUUGUAAAUAAGGAAUGGAAGUAGAACCACUUCAUAAAAAAAAAAAGGAAGUAGAACCCUUUCUUUGAUCGGCUGGUUAUGCAAUUCACACUGGUGAGCAGUUAGCUCUAGUCGUUGCAACCAAAAUCAUGGAAAACUGGCAAACGUUUUAGCUAUGAUGAUAGAGUAUUAUGCCAUAAUUAUCUGAAGUUACUCUCCACUCAUUCCUAUCGUCUGGCAAAACUUUUAGCUAUGAUGAUAGAGGAUUAUGUCAUAAUUCUCUUUACUUA